AUGAGAAGACACUUACGCAAGUGUUCUCCACAACCCUUAACCCAAUUAAGCCCUGAAGCCAUCCAAUUGUCCAACACCAAUGAAGAUAACGCUGAGCUGGCGAAUGAGGGUAGGGCAAAGAAGAAACUGAAGUAUGUUAUUGAGGACCUUCAUUUGAAAACAGAUAGGGAGUUAAUGGAGUUUAUUUGGAUGAAUAAGCGAAAUAUUGUACUCCUUGAGCAAAAGUUGCCUGAUAAGGCUAGAGCUAUAAAGCAAGCUAUUAAGUGCUAUGAAGAUGAAAUUAAUCACAGGGCAAAACCUCAGUCUCCUAAGGAGAAUAGUCCAGGUGUCACCAAUAUAGUGACAGUUAAAAUUGAAGUGGAUGAUCAUCUUGUUGCUCAAUAUGAGAAUUCUGGUGAAAACAUGACUACAGAGACACAUGCAGAUGUGAAUCAGAGAACGAGUCCACAUUUGGAAAAUGGUAACAUGCCAUCAAAAGUUGUAGCUGAUGAUCAAUCUGUUCCUGAAAAUAAGAUUUUUGAUGGGAAUAAAACUGAAGAAGAGCAUGAAGGAAAGCUUCAGAUUGUAGCUAUACAUGGAGAUGAGAAUCAGGCAUCCGAACAACAACACAACGAAUUAAUAAAAGUUUCAUCUGUGCUCUCUUUACUAACUUCACCAAAUAGUUAUUACAUUCCUCAAAACAACCCCCUCGAUGAAAAAACCGAACAAGCCAAACAAUCCCUCAUCCAACUCCUCAAAAAAGACUUCAGAACCCUAGUCGGAUCUCCCGAUGAACAAACCCUAAAAUCUUGCAUCAAAAUCUUAAUCAAAAACCUCGACAAGCUUCCAAAGUUCCAAGCCCGAGUCAUCGAAACUAUUAACACACAAUUCGAAUCCGCGUGCGAAAAUUGGUCCAAGUGGGAUAAAAGUAUCCAAGAAAGUAUCGCGUUUGAGAUGAAGGAAGGUGGUAAUCUUGAGGUUUUGCAAGAAUGGCAAGAGAAAGAUGUUGAAGUUGAAUCGAAGAUAUUGAAAGUGGAUGCGGAUAUUGAGAGGUUGAAAGCGGAGUUGCGGGAAAAGGACUUGACCCGAGAGGGUUUGGUCAAACGGAAGUUUGAAUUGUUUAAUGAAAGUAAGAUUUCGAUUGGUGAGGCGAAGAAGAUUCUUGAAGAGAUGGUUUCUCUGCAAGUGCGAAGUGAUGUUGCAGUUGAUAACAUGAAUGAUCUUAAUACCAAGUGGGAACGAAUUCGGGAAAAAUUUCUUGUUUAAAUGACUUUAAAGUUUGAAUUGGUUAUUUGUUUGUUAUUCUAGAGUUAUUGCUUGUUUAGUUUGUUAAAGCUGUUGAGAGCGUGUCUAGAAUUAAUUAUUUCG